UGCUCUACCGUAGGAGCUGGAGGACACAUAAGCGGUGGAGGAUACGGGAACCUCAUGAGAAAAUACGGACUCACGGUGGACCAUGUCGUUGAUGCACUUAUAGUUGAUGUUAAUGGCAAGCUCUUGAAUAGAUCUACCAUGGGAGAAGAUCUCUUCUGGGCGAUUCGAGGUGGUGGUGGUGGGAGUUUCGGAGUCAUCCUCUCUUGGAAAAUAAACCUAGUCGAUGUUCCAGAGAUCUUGACGGUGUUUAGGGUUAACAAAACAUUGGAACAAGGUGGAAUCGAUGUUCUCUACAAGUGGCAGCUUGUCUCAUCCAAACUCCUUGAUGGACUUUUCCUCAGAGCAGUGUCUCAGGUCGUAAACAGAACCAUCGCGGUUGUGUUCUAUGCGCAGUUCUUGGGUCGAGCCAAUGAGCUUGUGGCGAUAAUGAACCAAAGCUUACCUGAACUAGGGCUAAAACGCCAAGAUUGUUUAGAGAUGAGUUGGCUUAACACAACGUUGUUUUGGGAAGACUUACCUGUCGGUACACCGACAAGCGUUCUUUUAGAUAGACCGUCUAAACCGGAAAAGUUCUUCAAGAGCAAAUCGGAUUAUGUCAAGAAACCAAUCCCUAAAGAAGGAAUCAAGAAGCUUUGGGAAGCAUUGUUGGAGUUCAACAAUAAUAAUAUUGUGUAUAUGCAAUGGAACCCUUACGGUGGCGUGAUGGACAAGGUUCCGGCGGCCGCCACCCCGUUUCCUCAUCGGAAAGGAAACUUGUUCGAGGUUCAGUAUUAUACGUCGUGGUUGGACGCAAACGCCACAAGGGGUAGCUUGGAUAUGAUGAAGAAGUUGUACGAGGUUGCGGAACCGUGUGUAUCAAGUAACCCGAGAGAGGCGUUUUUGAAUUACAGAGACAUUGAUAUUGGAAGCAAUCCGAGUAAUGAAACAAACGUUGAUGAAGCUGAGAUCUAUGGUUCGAAGUAUUUCGUGGGGAAUUUAAAGAGGUUGAUGGAAGUUAAAGCCAAGUAUGAUCCUGAGAACUUUUUCAAGAACGAGCAGAGUAUUCCUCCUGCUCGUGUGAAGCAGUAG